AAUCAAUUAGGAUCAAACACCAAAGUGACAACAAGUGCUCCACGUUCCAAAAGCUCAGAAGCCCAGAAGAACCCAACGCCCUCGUAAUGGAUCUAGUGAAGCUGUUCAGCGUGCUGCUCGUCUGUGCCGCUUUGAUCUUCGUCUGUGAAGCACAGCUCACAUUCACGCCAUCCUGGGGCAAACGAUCCGCGGCACCGCUGGCCAUGAACCUGCCCAACUCGUUCGGCAUCCAGGACAGCUGUAAAACACCUGUUGACUCGCUGAUGGUCAUCUACCGGAUGAUCCAGACCGAAGCCCAGAAAAUUUUGGAGUGCAACCAAAAGUGAACGCGCCGUGGAUGGCAGAAAUGGGCUCCAAGUGGAGAAGAGUGUUUUUAUUUUUGCUUCAAUUAUUUAGUCUCAAAAGUGUAGACAUGUAUCACAUCCGGUUUGUACCCCGUGAGCCGCAGACCCGCACUCGCGAGACCCCCGUAAAUAAAGGCUACCAAAGACCGCAGAAAAUGGCAUAAGUGAAAAGCGA